UUGCACGUGAGUAACAAGUAGGUGUGGUUAUAGGCGAGGUCAAAGUGUCAUGGCGGCUCGUCGAUCCACAAUAAGAGGUGAGAGAACCAAAGAACCAAAGAAUGUAGGGAACUUCAAAAUAGGCCAAGGAGCUGUUGUAUGUACAGAAGCACAACUGACGGGAGAUAUUACAAUUGGUAGCCAUACUGUGGUGCACCCAACUGCUGUGAUUCAUGCUGAAGGUGGUCCGGUUAUUAUUGGAGAGAACAACCACAUAAUGGAGAAAGCAGUCAUCAUUAACAAGAAGAGGCCAGAUGGUGAGCCUGUAAAGCCACUGGUGAUCGGUAACAACAACUUGUUUGAAUUCCUUUCCCGCUGUGAGAGCAUGUCUGUCGGAUCUGAGAACAUCUUUGAACCGAAAUGUGUUGUUGGUGAUAAUGUCAUAGUGAGUGAUUAUUGUGUGAUUGGGUCUGAAUGUAAAGUGCAGUCUAAUGAGACCCUACCAUCAGGCACUGUAAUAUCAGGGACUGAUGGUAGGAGAUGGAACAAGCAAGUUAAUAUUAAGAGUGAGAAUCAUCAGCAACUGGAGUAUCUUGUCAAAUUACUCCCAAAUUUUCACAGGACCAUCAAAUCAACUUAAUUAUUAUUUUAACAAAAUUACUAACAAUAAUAAUGAUGAUUACGUACAAUUCGGGUUUACAUGUCUGUCAAUUAAUUAAAUUAGGUGUAUGUUAAUUAAUAUAAAAUGAAGUGAUUUUUUACAAGUUA